AUGUCGUCGUUGAAAAAGAAGGGAGAAGUCGAGAGAGUACCACUGCUAGGACGAUUAGGAACGAAUCUUCGUAUUGGUAUCCUUGGUUUGCCUAAUGUUGGUAAAAGUACGUUCUUCAACGUGCUUACAAAGUCAGAGGCGCAUGCCGAGAACUUUCCUUUUUGCACCAUCGACCCCAAUGAGAGCAGAGUCGCUGUCAGCGAUAGCCGGUUCGACUGGUUAUGUGAACAUUAUCAGCCAGCAAGCAAAGUACCAGCCUAUCUCAAUGUCACCGAUAUCGCUGGUUUGGUAAAAGGAGCCGCUGAGGGACAAGGCUUAGGAAACGCUUUCUUGUCCCAUGUGUCCGCUUGCGAGGCUCUAUUUCAUCUGUUGAGAGCUUUCGAUGACGAUGAUGUUACGCAUGUAGAAGGUGAGGUUGAUCCAUGCCGCGAUCUUGACAUCAUCAGCGACGAGCUGUUCGCCAAGGACAUGCAGGCACUGACUGCCAUUCUAGACAAGGUUGAGAAACUGGUUACCAGAGCUGGCGAUAAGUCACUGAAGAUUGACUACGAAACUUUGGUAAGAGUCAAGAAGGAUUUGGAAGAAAAAAAGCCAAUCAGACUUGACUCGUGGAACGAAAAAGAGAUUGAGGUGCUAAAUAAACAUCUUUUCCUAACAGCAAAACCGAUUGUUUAUCUAGUCAACUUAUCAGAAAAAGAUUAUAUUCGGAAGAAGAAUAAGUGGUUACCAAAAAUCAAAGAAUGGAUAGACAAGAAUGAUCCUGGAGCAGCGCUCAUUCCAUUUUCGGGAAUCCUUGAGAACAAACUUAUGGACAUGCCCGACGACGAACGUGAGAAGUUCUGCAAAGAGAAUCAAACAUCCUCUAAUUUGGACAAGAUCGUCCAUACAGGAUACAAAGCCUUACAGUUGGAGUACUUCUUCACUGCUGGCAAAGAUGAAGUCAAAGCAUGGACAAUUCAGAAAGGCACUCUCGCUCCUAAAGCUGCUGGCCGAAUUCACACAGAUUUCGAAAAAGGUUUCAUCAUGGCAGAAGUGAUGAAAGUAGCGGAUUUGAUGGAACUGGGUGAAGAAAACAAGGUGAAAGCAGCCGGCAAAUAUCGUCAACAAGGAAAGACGUACGUUGUUGAAGAUGGUGACGUCAUCCUCUUCAAGUUUAACGCCGCCGCACAAAUGCACGCGAAAUACAAAUAA